ACCGUUAACAACGACAGUGCGCCUAAGGAAUUAAAAAAGACAAAAGACCAAAGCCACAUCGACACAUGACACACAUAUGAAAACAGGAAACACACACACACAUGCAAAUAUCAAGCAGGCGAAUGAACUAACUCGCGUUUAACAAUAGUAAACAAAACAAAAUCGCAGAGUUCGAGUGAAGGAAAUACAACAUUUUCGCACAUAUGCAAAGUGGCAAGCAUAACACAAAAUAGUAACAUUUACCAUUGCUGUGUGGGUGGGUGCCUGUAUGUGUACAUGUGGCUGAAGGCAACGCGUACGACGAGUACAUUGUGCUGAACUCAACGCUACUCCAGUUUUGUGCUGUGCAGUUCACGAUCAGCCCAACUAUGGUAGCAUCGGCCGAUCCACAAAAUAUUCUGAAGAAACUACAAAAGUACAAACAUUUAAAUGGUACGAAUUUGUUGAAACCUUUCCGCAAUAGAACGCCAGUUCCCACAUCGAAAUAUGACAGCAGCAAUCAGAAAGCAACAAUCGGUGCGAGUCUACAACUCGUACGAGAGAACAAUGCUAUCGAGCCCACUGCAAUACCGAAUGCGACCGACUUAGUCGAGCAGCGCGUUAAUAUCACAAAUAAUUUUUUAGAUUUACUACUAAAUCCCGAAUAUGUUGAGCAAUUUACCGAAAUGAAUAACGAUCUAUUGCACGCCUCCAAUGAGACGGCGACCAAUGACGUGAACAUGUCGGUAUCGCCACUCAAUGCAAACAUCAUCAUGUCACCUGCCGCGCUCACAACUCUUUACACAAAAAACGAAACAGUCUUACAACAAAAUGCACCGCCCAGCAGUUUGGUGAUGGAUACAUUGUUGGGUUCGGUUAUGACGACCGCCACAGCCACGGUGACCGGUUCGCCGAAUGCGUUUAGAACUGAAGACCUGCUGCUCGAUCGUUUGCCAGCAGAUGUGCAGAGUGGUGCAACUUUAACGAGCUUUUAUGCCAAUUUGUUGGCAGAUAUAUCACCAUCCUCCACUUUCACCGCCGCCGUCGAAACAAUGUCGACACCAACAGUAUUGCUGCCGUCUGCUGAUAAUGAUACGGUCUAUUGGGAGCAUGGCGCGACCGACUUCGAUGUGCUCUACCGACACUCGCUGACAAUGACGAUUGUCUAUUGCUUUGCCUAUAUUAUUGUCUUUCUGGUUGGCUUGGUUGGCAAUAGCUUUGUAAUUGCCGUUGUAUUGCGGGCGCCACGAAUGCGUACGGUCACCAAUUAUUUUAUUGUCAACUUGGCGAUUGCUGAUAUAUUGGUGAUUGUGUUUUGUUUGCCCGCCACGUUGAUGAGCAACAUUUUUGUGCCCUGGAUGCUGGGCUGGCUGAUGUGCAAGACAGUGCCAUACAUACAGGGCGUAUCUGUGGCAGCAUCCGUCUACAGUCUAAUUGCCGUAUCACUGGAUAGAUUCAUUGCAAUCUGGUGGCCACUUAAGCAGAUGACAAAGAGUCGCGCACGCUUCAUGAUAUUAUGCAUCUGGCUGAUUGCCUUGAGUUCGACAAUACCCUGGCUUUUAUAUUUUGAUCUCGUGCCGGCCGCUGACUCGUUUCCGGCAGCGCCGAACCUCUACCUCUGUCAGGAGGUGUGGCCACCCGGCUCAAAUGGCAAUCUAUAUUUCCUCCUAGCCCAUUUAGUGGCCUGCUAUCUACUGCCAAUGUCUUUGAUAACACUGUGCUAUGUGUUGAUUUGGAUAAAGGUGUCGACGCGUUCGAUUCCCGGUGACUCAAAGGAUGCACAAAUGGAUCGCAUGCAACAGAAGUCGAAGGUGAAGGUGAUCAAAAUGCUUGUAGCAGUUGUUAUACUGUUCGUAUUGUCUUGGCUGCCACUCUAUGUGAUCUUCGCCCGUAUUAAAUUUGGUGGAGAACUUUCAAACGAAGAAAGCGAGGUGCUCUACAAGGUGACACCCUUCGCGCAGUGGCUGGGUUCUUCCAAUUCCUGCAUUAACCCCAUUUUAUAUGCGUUUUUCAACAAAAAGUAUCGACGUGGCUUUGCAGCUAUUAUACAAUCCCGUUCAUGCUGUGCCCGCAUAAGAUAUUAUGAUAACGUCGCCAUUGCUUCGUCCACCACCAGCACUCGCAAGUCCUCGCAUUAUCACCAAAAUAGCUCACGGAAGAGUCCCAGCAGCCCUGGCUUGCGUAAGACGAACGCUGUCUCCUAUAUUUAUGAGCAUCAAUCGUUGCGUCGUCAUCAUCACAACGCCAUGUUGAAGCAGGACAGCAAUCUGUCACAGCAAAUGUUACUAAAGCAAGACUCACAUGGCUCGAGACAGUUUUUGAUCAAGCAAGAGAGCGCCUCUAGCGAUGGAUCACGUCGCAUGCUCUGUCAGCAGGAUAGUAAUGGUUCGAAAGUGUCACUAACCAAACAAGAUUCGAUUGUUUCAUAUAUGGAUGCUAGACGCAAUGGUUUGGAUAAAUGCCAGGACUCCUGCUCUACGCAAGACAACAUGUCAAUUGAUUCACGACGUGGAACGAGCUUUAAAUUGGAUACACCACACAAUUAUGGAUCGCCCAGCACCAGCGCCGCCAUGUUGGAAUAUAAAAGACAAAAGUUUGUCAAACAAGACUCAGUGAUCUCAUUUGUGGAUCAAAGGCCUGAGCCCAGACGCCAUCAGCUGGUAAAGCAGGAUUCUGUUAUUUCUUUCGCCGAUCAACGCCGCGGUGCUCUCAACAAACAGGACUCCAUAAUUGCGUGUCACACUCGCACGGGUGACGGCACUGGACAUCAUGUCUCGAUCUUAAAGAAAACCGAGGCAUCACUCGGCGGUGCGCUCGCAUCGCCUCGACGGAAUAUAGAAAUGUUUGAGUAAUUCUUUUGGAGAAAUUACAACAAAAAUCUAAAUAAAUAAAUACUAUAAAUUGCAUUGCAAAGGAAAAUUAGUCAACAACAAUAACAACAAAUCUAGUAUAAUAACAGAUAAUUGAAAGAUUAACAACGUAGCCAUUUCAUAAAUGAUUAUUCGUAUUAACAUUGCUAUAUAUUAUAUUACAUAUAUGGAAAAUAAUAAUAACAACAACACCAACAAAACACUACGAUUUAUACUAAAAAUUUCAUACAGCCACACAUACUUACAAACAGAAAAAAAACAAAACAAAAACAAAGCGCGCCACACACACACACACAUAAAAGUGUACUAUUGAGCGCUGUAACUUACAUACAUAUCCUAAACGUAGUGUGUUAGUGUAACGGGAAGCAAAUGCAUACAAAGUGAAAAGCUAAUUGUAAUCAGAACGCACAUUUCUUAUAUGUAUGUAUAUGUAUAUGUUACGAUUGUAUGUAUGAUAGGUGUUUAAGUCAGUGUUAAGAGCAGGUGCAUACAAAAAUACACACAUACAUGUUUACAGGUGUAUUGGUGUAUUGAAUGUUUGUAUGUCAGUGCGCAAGUGCUAUAGUUAAGUCUAGCUUAGUUAGAGGUGCGUAUAAUCUUAAGUACAGUUUUUAAUUGUGGGCGGGCAACAAUGAUGAUUAUGAUAAUGAUGAUGAUGAUAUGAUGAUAAUGAUGAUGAUGAUGAUGAUAAUAAUGAUGACAUUGAAGAAAACGGUGAUGAUUAUGAUCAAUGUAAUGAUAAUGAUGGUAAAGAUUAUGAACUUAAUGAUCAUCAUAAUGAUGAUGAUGAUUGUGACAAAUAAAAUGUUGAAGAUCGAUGAUGAUUGUGACGAAUAUAAUGAUGAAGAUUGAUGAUGAUAAUGAUGACGAGAAUAAUGAUGAUUAUAAUAAUGAUGAUUUUGGUGAUUAUAAUGACGAUUAUAAUAUUGGUGAUGCUGAUUUUGAUGAUAAUGAUUAUAAGUAAUGUUGGGUGAUAUGCAUUUUGUACGAGUUUCAUAUGAUAGUUUCGGAUAUACAAACACACACACACAGUUUUAAUGAUUGUUAUACUGUAUACAUACAUAAAUACAUGCAGAUUUACGGCAAUGAAAUGUUUGAUAAUGAAGUAUGCGAUUUGAAAUUUGUAUUUUUAUGAGUAUUGAACGAAUUUCAGAAUACAACAACAGAAAUAAAAACAAAUACAUAUGUAAGAAACAAAAAAGAAUGCAUACAUACACACGCAGCCAUACAUAUAUGGUAUAUAUACAUAUAUACGUACAUACAAACAUACUAAGUACUUGCAAAGCAGAGCAGAAGUAUCUCAACUGUCCAAUAUGUGUAUGUACUAUAUAUAAAAUUUAAAUCACACCGAGUUCUAAAUGCAAUGUACCUACUAACAGCAACAUUUAUGAUUAAGAACAACAUUCUUACGAUUUAUAUAUUUAUAUUGAAAGUGUUGAUUUCGGUAAAGAGCAAUAAUUUUUGCUAACAAUUUCAUAUACACUUACUUACAAACAAGCAUAAAAUAUUUAUAUAAAUGCAAGCAUACAUACAUACACACAUAUAUAUGUGUGUAAGUGUGUAAAUAAGUUGUUCUGCUUAUUAUUUUUUAACAUUUUCGCAUUUUAGAAAAAUUAUUGAUUGAAAAAAUUAUUAUUGAAAAAAAAAAAUUAUUGAUCACAUAAAAUAAAAAAAAAUAUAUAUAUACAAUAUUGUUAAAUUAACAUAAAAUAUGUAUUUAUUAUUAUAUAUUAACUAUCAAUAUAGUUACAUGCGUAUAAUGUUGAAAAUUAGACACACUUGACCGUCUCGCUGGCAGUGUGACUUAUAUAGACUCCAGCAAACACAAGUAAGGCGCCUAGAAUUGUUUUGUUAACAACUUUUAGUACAUAAAUAUUAUAUAGUUACAUAUAUACACUUAUGUGUACAUACUUAUAUAUUAUAUGAGUGGAUUAAAUUCACAGCAUCAUGCACAGUUAUGGAUAAAUAAUUUUAGGAAAUUGUUUGGAUUCGCUUUAGGGGGUUAUAUCCACUUGUAAGUUUUUUAAUUUUUGUUUUGAAGAGGCAUUUUAUUUAAAAAAUAAAUAAAAGUGUACAUUAACAGAAUUUAUAAUUUUGGAUUCCCUUGAUCACGUAGCCGAUCCACAGUCGGGCCUCCAAUUCAUUUAAAAAAAUUUUUUACAAAUACGCUCAUACAUCUUCGAAACUAUUUACAGAAUCGGCUUCAAAUUUUCGGAGAAUAUUCUCAAAUAUACAUACAUACAUUUGUACUUUCAUUAAACGUGGUUAUAUGCAAAAUACAUAUUUAUUUUUUUAGUUCACAAGUGGAUAUAACCUCUUUAAUCUCACUUAACACUCAACGAACAAUACAACAAAAAGUUCAAAGCAAAAACCAAAUAGGCAGCAAAAGAAAUUGAGGUUAUGUAUAUAAAUAUUUUGUUAUUCAAUCACGUUAUUAAUGCGCUAAUCAAAUUAGUUCACAUGCUUGUAAAAUUUAUAGAUUAUAUUAUUUAUAUUUGAAAUAAAUAAUAAUGUAUUGUAAUAAUAGUUAUCAGCCAAAAUUUUCUAUUUUCGAUUUGAAUCGCAUUUAGGGAAAGCCAGGAUAGCGCGCUAUGUCGCAUAAAUAAAUUAUAUAAUUGAAUACACUUACAUAUAUGUAUGUAUAUACAUGUUAAUGUACCCUGCAGGAAAAAUGGCUUUAAGUGUAUUUUAAAAGUUUACAGAUUCAUCAUACUAUAAAAGAUUGAUUGAGUAAAACCAAUGAUACAUUAAAGUGUAACAUUCGUAGAAUGUUCUACGAUGUUUUCAUUUCGAAAAAAUAUUAUACGUCAACGGAGUAAAAUAUUUUAUGAAAUUAUAUAUGUAUUCUCCAUGAGCCAAGAGAUUGACUCCGCGCACAUAAAAUGUUUGAUCUUUGCAGGCAAAAAAACUGGUUCAAAUGGUUUUUGAGAUCCUGAUUUGAGGUGAAGGUUUUCCUGACCAAACAAUUUUUCGGAGAACGAAAUAAGUAAAAGAUCGAAUAUAGUAAAGCUAAGAGAAUAUGGUGGGCACAUUCCAUUCAAGCUGCAAGGCAUCCCAUUCGAGCUGCAAGGCAAGUCAACAAACUUGUACAUUGUUUCAUAUUAUCCUUGUGGAACACCACACCUUUUCUAUUGAUCAUUUUUGGUCUACUCUGUCAGAGUGUAUCACUCAAUUUGUCCAGCUUAUCGCAUUGUACUUCAGAAUUAUUCGUAGUAUUAUCGGUAUAAAGCAUCUUCUUGAAGUAGCACCAAAUAGACAAGAUAACCUUUUAUUGGUGACUAACAGCCUUCGAAGUGGUUUGGUGGUUUGAGUGGUUAGACCAUGAUCUUUUGCGCUUUAGCAAAAAAACCACUUUUCGUCGCCAGUAAGCAAAUCUCAGUCGUUAAAGUGUCGAAAUAAAUCUCGCUCUAUAAGAACAUGAGGAACCAUAUGUCAAGCUUCGAAAUUAAUCCUAGUCGUUUUUCUGAAGCUAUUAUUCGACGAUUUGCAUCUAUCAACGACUAUAUAUUAUUCACAUCGGCUUCAAGCGUCUUUCCAAGAUAUGGUGCAUCGUCAAGAUUGAAAUUGCUGGAAUUCGUCGUGAUUGAACUGGAUUUUUUACCCUUUUGAUAGUAAAACAGUAAAAUUCGCAAAUGCUGUUUUUAAUCUUCCUUUAACCGAUAAAGUAUCAAAAAUUAAUUUUUUUUACAAACUAGGGUAUCAGCUGUUCUAAUAUAUAACGGUAAAGCGGUUAAGUAUGAAGUUGGCCGCGAAAAAAUUUAAAAGAAUCAGCUGUUGUCAUCAAACGAAAUUACUUAAUGAUCAAAUCUUGAAAAUGAUCGGCCUUGUAGUUUUGCAGUUAUGAGGAACACCAACUUUGAAAACGUGAGUUGUGCAGAAGGAAAACGCUUUAAAGUGAAAAUCUGGUGGAAACCAUUCAUAAGAACAGUAAAAAAAUAUUUUUAACUUCGUCAGUUUUGUCCCAACGACUUGAAAUUUUGACACAAUAUUCUUGAAAUUAUUCAUUCAAUUAAGGUGAAGUGGUCAGAAAGAUAGAUAAAGCAUCAGUAUCAGAUAGAAGAAACAGAAUCACAAAUAUGAUCUUAAGUGCAGAAGAAUAAUGGAACAAAGAGCAAAACCAAAUAAAGCAUGGCAUGGAUAUAUGUAUUGAAAAAAAGUGAUUAACUCGCAUUAUUCCAUUUUAGAAAACUAAAAAUGGGAAGAUCUUUGCAACAAUAGCAACAACGAUAUGUGAGAGUAUUGGCAUAAACUUGCUAUGGAGAAACUAAGCAGUGAAGGUCAAUAAUAUUUAAGAGUUAAUUUACUAUUUAAUGCAACCCAACCUGGUUUACGAUAUUCUAAUUUUGCCUGCAGGGUGCAAAAGCAUCUAUACAAUAACCUAUAUGUAAAAAUAACGCUUGAAAAAAGAAAAUUAACUAUUAUAUAUGCUUAAUAAAUAAAUAGUGAAGCUUGGAUAAAUUUGGUCACACAUUUAGAUAAAAUAUCAUGGAAAAAACUAUAUUUUUGAAAUUUCUAGUUUUAUCCUACUUUUCCAACAAGUUUGCCAUAUAAAACGGUAAACUUUGAUACCAUUGCCUAAUGGAUCGGAAGGUUUGAACUACACAUUCAAUUUAUUACUACUACAGAAUGAGCGCAUCCGUUACUUUACUAUGUUGAUUAUGUAGCUGAUGCUAAAAGAUCGAUAAGUCAUUAAUUAGGGCACCUGCUCCGAAGAUGUACCAUGUUUUGUGAGGUUAAAUUUGCUUGUGCGCAUAUCGACAUACAUACAUACCAAAUGUAUGUACAAUAUAUAUUAAAAUGAAAACAUUCCCCAAAUGUGUGAUCUAAUUUACUCAAGCACACUCUUCUAUUAAUAUAAGCUAUUUAGAUACAUAUUUAUGUAUGUAGUAUAUCAAAUGCAGCAAACGCAAUCGUCGUUGUCAUUUGGCACAAAAUAAAAUAGAAUAAUCGACAAAAUGGUUCAAAGUUUUAUAAAAGUUACUUAACUACAUUUUUAUAAACACUUACAGAUACGGAAUAUAUGUAACUGCAUUCAUGGAACAAAGAGCGAAGUACAUACUAAAACAAAAUACAAGUACUUGAAAUAAAUACCAAAGAUUUAUUAGAGCAUAAAUAGUAAGUACAUAGAGACACUAACUAAUAGAGGUAAUCGAAAAAACACACACACACAAACAAAGUCAAAAAUUAAAAUCAGAAGAAAUACUCCAAAUAUACUAAAGACAACAAACACUUCAUAUACACAUUUAUAUAGAUAAAUAGCAAAGCACAUACAUACAAACGUAUGAAUGUGAAAAGAAUUUGUACUUAGCCGCUUUUGUAUGUUCAUAUUCAAUAUUAACUAUUAGCUGUCAAAAAGUAUACUAAAUACAUAGAUUAUAUAUACAAACAAAAGAAAUGAAAUUAAUUGAACUAAGAACAGUCGCAGAAUUAAAUAAAAAUAUAUUCAUUAGGGUGUGCGUUAUUUUACAAGUUGAAUUUUUUCAAGUGCCCACUGAAGUUUCAGUUUUUGCGCCAAAACAGGGUCCAACCGAAAAAACUGUUUUUUUUUUUAUUUAAACCGCGCUUAAAUCAUAUUUAUUUUCUUAUAAGAUUUUUUAUCUUUUGAUUUUUUGCAUUAAACAACUAAAUCUACAACCUUCAAAAAAUUAUAUUCUACUGCAAAUCCCUACCAUAAAGAUUUUGGUGAUUUUUUCUAUAAAACCAACUUUUUAAAGUUAUACGCAAUUAAAAUUCUUUAUCAAAUGCAAACUGAAACAGGGAGCGCUUGUAAAACACGAACCUACUUGUGAAAUAACGGACAUCCUUAUAUUCAUAUCUGCGUGAGCUAUGUGGGAUAGCUAGCUAAAAAAAACAUACAUACAGUUAUAUACAUAUAUUGCAUACUAGAAAUAUGAAAUUGUUUUUAAAUCACAAGUUUGAUAUAAAAGAAAAAUGAAACCGUCACACAUACCACGUAUUCAAAAACAAAAGUA